AUGAGCUCUUUGCAUUUUGUCGUCCUAUCCAAGAGUUCUGGUUUUGCUCACUCAUUCCGGCUUUCUGACGCGACGCGCUCACUCUCACUCACAACCGUCCACUCGGUGCUCAACGCCAGCAAGAGAAGUUUCGUCACAACGUCAAGAAAUCAGGACCAAGGGCCUCUUUUUGAAAAAGCAAAAAUAAUGGACCCCAAACUGUACACCAAGUCAGCUGCACCGUCGUCGACCAAGUGGCCUGCGCCCAGUCCCAGUGCCAGCAUCCUGGUCAUCUCGCCCACCAACAAAGUAUUGCUGUUGAAGAGAGUGAAGACGGCCUCUUCUUUUGCGUCCGCGCAUGUAUUUCCUGGUGGCAACGUGGAUGAGUUUCAUGAUGGGGUGACGGCCAAGGAUGAGCACCUGGACAAUAUCGUCUAUCGAAAUGCUGCCAUCCGUGAGACUUUUGAAGAGACGGGUAUUUUGUUGAGUAAAAGCCAUGUUGAAGUCAGUGAUGAAGUGAGGGACAAGGGACGAAAGGAUGUCUACAACAGACAGAUCACCUUUGGGGGUUGGAUCAAGAACCAUGGUGGUGUGGCGGACACAGACUCCCUCAUCCCCUUCACCAGAUGGAUCACCCCACCCCCAGCCAAAAAGCGCUUCACAACCCAAAUGUACCUCUACUUCCUCCCAGUAUCCUCCGCCAACUCGUUCUCUGAAAAGCCCAGCAAGAUCCACACCCCUACCCCAGAAGGCGAGCAGGAAAAGGAGCACACCUCUGCGGAGUGGGAGUACCCCCUCACCUGGCUGUCCAAGGCCCAAAGCGGGGAGAUUAUGCUUUACCCACCGCAAUUCUACCUCUUGAAUCUCCUCUCCCCCUUUUUGAACAACUCCAAUAUGGAUUAUGCCACGCAGCGGAAGGGGGUGAGGCAAUUUCUGGAAGAGGUGCCGACUUCAAGCGGGGAGUACGACUCGUUUGAUGGAAAGCUCAAGCCCAAGGUGUUGAAUACCCAUCUGAUUGGCUGGAAAGACAAGGUUAUCUCGCCUAGUGUGAUGUUUGCGCCGGGGCAGCUGUACAGGGACGAGACCGUGUUGAGUUUGGAGUCGCCUGGUCCUGAGCUCAGGGCUCAAAAGGGGAACAUGAGGGGAGGGGAUGCGGAGAGGGUGGUGGUUGUUGAAUUUGAGAGGAAGAGUGGCCCGAGGGGGAUCAAGAUUGUUGACAGGGGGGAGGUGGGGAGGCUGUGGGAGGAGAAGGAGAGGAAGGGGGCGAGGAUAUGAGGUUGAGGUAGUUACUGUCUGUAACCGCCUGUUCGUUUGAAAGGCAUCCGUGGUGCUCUGAUGCCGGAUUUUGGAUGGAGAAUAAGAGUCGGACGUUCUAGGUUUCAAGUGGGUGUCCAUCGACGUCCUCUUUCCUUGUUAUGUAAGGCAAGCAGUGCCUUGAGCUUGAACACUUUGAGUUUGCUUGUCUUUGAGCUUCUGAAAGCUUUUAAAUUCUCCAUCAUGUAACAAAUUUGGACCACCAAGAAACUUGAACCGCAUUCCUGUCGUCUCUCUUAUCUUCAUCCAGCAAACACAUUUACCCCAUAGUGUUUCUUUUCAGGUUGUCCUGUAAGCUAGUGCACACGUUAGGUAUUUAACCGGCCAAGCACCAUUCAAUCUUCGAAGCAUUCUCA